AUGCCCAACGAAAUUCGAGACGAAUAUCCACAGGAUCCUAUUUACAAUGACAAGGGGAUUGGAAUCGCUGACGAGCUGGACGACUCUGCGCGACAUUCCCAAAUUUCAUUGGAAGAUCCUAAUAAUUCCCAUCCUUCGUCACCGCCUGCCAGUACGACAGAGCAUGAGAAGAAUGCACCCUUGCCCGAUGAGGAACCUACGACUUGUCGAGCUAGGAAAAAACACCCGGGCAUUUUUGCUCUGCCGCCGCACUCUGCAAGCACGACUGCGGGAGUAUCCACUGGUGACUAUCGACCGUACGCACCGAGUCCGCCUUUUGAAGAAGCGGGGCCGACAUCUUGCAUUUGGCGAGCUUAUCUGGACGAAAGCCUGGUUUACGACACCGACAUGCUUGGAAACCAGAGAGGACAAGUGAACAUCCUCCUCGUUUUUGCAGGACUAUUUUCUGCGAUUGUGAGCGCCUUCAUUGCGCAAUCAGCCGGAAAUCUCCAACCGAACUAUAAGCAAUUGUCGGCACUUUUGCUCUUCGAUCAGAUCAAUAUGCAACGUGCCCUAGCCAACGGCACUUCCCUUGACCGCAUCACCACAUCGGGCGCUGAUCCCACGGCUCCGUUUACGCCAAAGACUCUGGAUUCAUGGGUAAACGGGCUAUGGUUCGCGAGUCUUGCUUUCAGUCUUGCAACUGCGUUGUUCGCUGUUCUAGCAGAUGAGUGGUAUUGCCAUUAUCUGUCACCGAUCGCUGGGGACCCCCAAGUUCGCAGUCGUACUCGGCAUUUACGUUACAAGGGUCUUCUUGAUUGGCGUGUCAGCACCUUAAUUGGUCUCCUGCCGCUGAUGUUGUACCUGUCACUCGGCCUGUUUGCCAUUGGCCUUGUGCUAUAUCUCCUGCCGCAGCAGCAAGGAAUUGCACUCGUGACAGGAAUCAUCUCCCUGACUACCUUUAUCGUCUAUGUCAUGACCAACAUUCUCCCACUAAUAUACCCGGAUUGUCCAUAUAAAACGCCCCUUUCUUCGGUUGCAUACACCGCGAUCAUGUGGAUGCUUCAACAAUCCUCUGCUAUCCUGAAGGCGACUGCAGCACCAACGUUCAACUUUUAUCCCACGAUAAAAACAUUGAACGAUUUCGAGAUUCAUGCCGCAGAAAGAUCACACGUCAAAAAUGAAGUUGACGCACUCCGUUGGUUGUACGUGAGAUCUUCGACCCCGGAGACCCGUCGCCUUGUAAUUUAUGCUCUUUCUGGACUGCCUGAAGAGUACACCCUGGAUGUCUAUAACGUUUUUCAUCCUUAUUGGGAUGAAAUAAGGGAGGAGAAGGAAAGAAUGUUGAUGGACUGCAUGGAGCUGACGCGACAUGGCUCUACUCGGUGGAUCCCCAAGGACAUCCCCAAUAUCGACCGUAGAAUUGAACCCCUUCUUCGGCUGGAGAUUCUGUUCGAUCCAUUACGACGUAAGUUUCCGUCCGGACUCUUCAGAGAGCAUCAUCUGGAUUUCUCGACGACGGAUAUCUCGGACGCCUUGUUGAUAACUUUGUCUUCUAUUGAAGAUACGCACAUUAACAAGCCCACACACCUGGCUUUGGAAAAGGAAGUCGCUAUGAAUGCCUUAGCAGACUAUAGUUAUCACCAUCCAGUCGUUUGGGAUCAUCUCUUGAUACGUGCGGUUGAUCAAGGGUUAUUCAUCGAGAAGAGUGAUGACACUGUUUUUACCAUGGAGACCUGCUUAGACUUGGUGAAAUUUCUAUCUAUCCCUGAUAGGAAUCCUUCUGCAUGCUACAGCUGCACUUUGGUGGAAGCUGCAGCGAUUUACCACGAGGAAAAUGUUAUUGGUGCUCUUCUCUCCUUCUUCGAGCCAUUCGAUGUAUAUAAAGGCUCGAUAGACCUUCUACCGAGACUCCUGAUCACCAUUAUACGUUUCUUGGUGCUUGAUUCGGAGAACUCUCCGAUAGUAGACUCAAUCGGCCUUCUGGGAGAACGCCCCCAUACUUAUACAACAUUUAUCUACAAGCACCGGCUUUUGGAGGUUGCACUACAUGUGGUCAUUAGAGGCAUGAGCUGUUCGGACAACUCUCAAUUUUCAUUCUUCCACGAUGGAGUCCUUAACGCGGUACACUCGUACAUCGCGUCUGGUUUAUUCGCUAUGGAUCCUGUGAAUACGGAGGAGAAUACCCUCGUUUGGACCUGCCGUAAUCAUGCUCUUGCGUGCAUGACCUUGUUUAUAAAUCGGGGCUCCGAAUUUGGCGUUGAUGUCCAGGUAUCAGAAUGGGGCACGAGGUCCUUCUUUUACAAUAUUAUUAGACUCAUCGUUCAAGUGUUCGGCCGUUAUUUCUCCGAUAUUGGAUGCCAUGGUUCUCAAUUUCAGGUCAUGGGUUUUCUAUUAGGUCAAGGAUUCGCUGGAGGAAUCGUGGAUGCGUAUGACACUUUCCAAGAGGAAGGCGUGUUAAGGCAUAUAGUACGGAGAAGUGAGCUUCAACUGUGGCUCACCGAGGGACUGAAGGAAUAUAUCAUCGGGAUCUCGGAAGCUACUAGAAGGACAGGGAAUUACCCAGAUCUUCAGUCAGAGAACUUCCUUCAAAGUCAUAUCGAAGACCUCCAUAAUCCACUUGUCGUUCGUGGUAUUUGUGCUAGCAUCGUACAGAGCAACACUACGCCACACUCUAUCCUAUCAUCCCUCGCUUCAAUUGCUCCUGAUCACCCAGAAUGGCCCAAAAUCCUGGCAACAUUACACUCUCCAGAUGCCAAGUAUUCUGUCGAGAAGUACGAAUUCACGUUAAUCAACCCAGGGUGCGAUGAGGAAAGUUUGAAGAAGGGUUUGAGAGAGGCCACCCAAGUUCUGACCGACUGUCUUGUUGCGGCGAAUAAUGAAUUUAAUCAGCAGUCGACAAAUUCCAGCCCUCACAUCGGGCCGCCGGAAGCUCGCCGUGAAUCUCCUUGGAGAAAGUGGAAGAAAAGGAUAGGAGUCUUGAAUACGGACAUUGAGGUUGGAUUAGUAUGA